AUGGAUGCUGCAUGUAUGACGGAUGAAGCGCAGGCCGAGCUCGCCGGUAAAGCGAUGGCCGUCGACCGACCGCCGUUGAAAGAAGCUUACUAUCGGACACAAUUGUCGGAACGCUCGGAAGCUGAAAAUCCCGCGCAAGAAGACGGUCAAUCGCUUCGUCAAGCCAACCUCUACGUCGAGUUGUACGAGGCGCUGAAGCAACGCGAUUUGUGGAUGCGCGAGGCGCAGGCACUGGCUCGCAGCUUGCGGUUCCUCCGUCAGGCGUUCCACUAUUGA